AGGCCUCUGCAGGAGUUGCCCUGCCUGAAUGACUAUUUGGAGGGAUCUAUGCUGUCCCUAUCCCAGAAGAGCAAACGGAAAAAGAGACAGUGCUUCGGAGACGGUCUGGACACGGAGAACACCCCUCACGAACUCAUUCAGCAGUGGUCACCACCUCACAAGCAGCGGGUGGUCUGCAAGGGCAAAGAGAACGAGGAGAACCAGUUUGUGCUUGCCAGACGACCAAGGAAAAGGAGGGAGUUCUCAGGUGUGUAUAGAUGUACAUGUGUUGGGAGGAAUACAAUAAGCUCAGAAGAACACUAGCUAGCUACUUGUAGAAAUAGACAUGGAAUUAUUAUGUUUCAGAGAAGUCCAUUUAAAAAAAGUUAAUAAUUGAUGUUGUUUCUAUGACAGGUGUGUCCUGGGACAGUCUCCCAGAUGAGUUACUGUUGGGGAUCCUUUCCUGCCUUCCCCUGCAGGACCUCCUCAGGAUGUCCAGAGUCUGCAAGCGCUGGCAUCGCUUGGCGUAAGUCUGGGACCACUCAAUCAUGCUUGUAAACUACUUACAGUCCCAUGUGGCUCAGUUGGUAGAACAUGGUGCUUGCAAUGCCAGGGUUGUGGGUUCGAUUCCCACGGGGGACCAGUAUUGAAAAGUAAAAAAAAAUGAUGCACUCACUGCUGUAUGUCACUCUGGAUAAGAGCAACUGCUAAAUUACUAAAAUGUAAUACUACAUUGCAUUAUUUCUGCAUGAUAAAUCUUAGAUAUCACACUAGCGCUUUCCUAACGCAGUCAAAUGGAUCAACAAAACCUGUAAUUAAGUCUCUGCAUGUCUUUGUGCCUGGCAGGUUUGAUGAGUCUUUGUGGCAUAGUGUGGAUCUUGUAGGGAACCCCCAGCUGGAUCAAGCUCUUGGGCAGGUGCUUAUGGCUGGAGUACUGGGACUGCGCUGCCCCCGUACCUGCAUUGGAGAACCACAUUUCACCCAUACACAGUGAGUCCUCAUACAUACUCAUGCCUAUUAUGGGGAUACAGAGCUUUCUUUUCCAACUGUUGAAGGUGAACCCAGACAACCUAUAUGUUGUGGUGCUGUAUGUCAUGCCGUUCCCUCUUUUAUUUCAGACACCUGCGUGUCCAGCACAUGGAUCUCUCCAGCUGCACUGUCUCAACCCAGUUUCUAGAUGACAUUAUCUCCCGCUGCAGGCGGCUAGAGAAUCUAAGCUUGGAGGGACUGGAGCUCUCUGACUGCAUCAUUCAGUGAGUAAAGAAGACAAAUACUCUGUUGCAAUGAUAAUCUGUCAAAUGAUGUACAGUUGUGGUCAAAAGUUUUGAGAAUGACACAAAUACUAAUUUUCACAAAGUCUGCUGCCUCAGUUUUGAUGAUGGCAGUUUGCAUAUACUCCAGAAUGUCAUGAAUAGUGAUUAGAUGAAUUGCAAUUAAUUGCAAAGUCCCUCUUUGCCAUGAAAAUGAACUUAAUCCCCCAAAAACCUUUCCACUGCAUUUCAGCCCUGCCACAAAAGGACCAGCUGCAAUCAUGUCAGUGAUUCUCUCGUUAACACAGCUGAGUGUUGAUGAGGACAAGGCUGGAGAUAACUCUGUCAUGCUGAUUGAGUUAGAAUAACAGACUGGAAUCUUUAAAAGGAGGGUGGUGCUUGAAAUCAUUGUUCUUCCUCUGUUAACCAUGGUUACCUGCAAGGAAACACGUGCCGUCAUCAUUGCUUUGCACAAAAAGGGCUUCACAGGCAACGAUAUUGCUGCUAGUAAGAUUGCACCUAAAUCAACCAUUUAUCGGAUCUUCAAGGAGAGAGGUUCAAUUGUUGUGAAGAAGGCUUCAGGGCGCCCAAGAAAGUCCAGCAAGCGCCAGGACCGUCUAUUAAAGUUGAUUCACCUGCGGGAUCGGGGCACAACCAGUACAGAGCUUGCUCAGGAAUGGCAGCAGGAAGGUGUGAGUGCAUCUGCACGCAUAGUGAGGCGAAUACUUUUGGAGGAUGGCCUGGUGUCAAGAAGGGCAGCAAAGAAGCCACUUAUAUCCAGGAAAAACAUCAGGGACAGACUGAUAUUCUGCAAAAGGUACAGGGAUUGGACUGCUGAGGACUGGGGUAAAGUCAUUUUCUCUGAUGAAUCCCCUUUCCGAUUGUUUGGGGCUUCCAGAAAACACCUUUUCCGGAGAAGACAAGGUGAGCGCUACCAUCCUGUGUCAUGUCAGCAGUAAAGCAUCCUGAGACCAUUCAUGUGUGGGGUUGCUUCUCAGCCAAGGGAGUGGGCUCACUCACAAUUAUGCCUAAGAACACAGCCAUGAAUAAAGAAUGGUACCAACACAUCCUCCGAGAGCAACUUCUCCCAACCAUCCAAGAACAAUUUGGUGAUGACCAAUGCCGUUUCCAGCAUGAUGGAGCACCUUGCCAUAGGGCAAAAGUGAUAACUAAGUGGCUUGGGGAACAAAACAUCGACAUUAUGGGUCCAUGUCCAGGAAACUCCCCAAACCUUAAUCCCAUUGAGAACUUGUGGUCGAUCCUCAAGAGGCGGGUGGACAAACAAAAACCCACAUUCUGACAAACUCCAAGCAUUGAUUAUGCAAGAAUGGGCUGCCAUCAGUCAGGAUGUGGCCCAGAAGUUAAUUGACAGCAUGCCAGGGCGGAUUGCAGAGGCCUUCAAAAAGAAGGGUCAACACUGCAAAUAUUGACUCUUUGCGUAAACUUAAUGUAAUUGUCAAUAAAAGCCUUUGACACUUAUGGAAUGUUUGUAAUUAUACUUCAGUAUACCAUAGUAACAUCUGACAAAAAUAACUAAUGACACUGAAGCAGCGAACUUUGUGAAGACCAAUACUUGUGUCAUUCUCAAAACUUUUGACCACGACUGUAAUGUACAUGUUACCAGCCAUUUUAAACAACAUUUGGCAUGAUUCUCAACAUUGUUACUCUACAGGUCCCUAUCCCAGAAUACUGAGCUGGUACGGCUCAACCUGUGUGGCUGCUCUGGCUUCUCACCUGACUCGCUUGGUGAGAUGCUGAAAUCCUGCUCACGGUAAGCUUGGAGUCUGUCAAUUUUGUAUUUCUGUUUUGUUUGAUUCUUUUGAAUGUGUUUGAAGCCCUAUGUCUAAGUAUUUCUGAAUGACAGCAUAAUCAAUUUAUUUAAUUCACUGUUUAAACCACCUGUGCAUUGGUAAACUAAUGCAGAACUUUCCCUUUUUUCCAUUCCUACACCAAGGCUUGAAGAGCUGAACUUGUCAUGGUGUGACUUCAGUACUGAUCAUGUGAAGGCUGUUGUCAGGAACAUCCCCUCCAAUAUCACCCAGCUCAACCUUAGUGGCUACAGACAGAACCUUACUAUGGAAGGUGAGGAAGCCUGUGGCAUUUAACAUUUUCCCUCAGCCCAUAUUUGUUUUGAAUGUUUAAAUAUCUCUAUUGAUGAUGAGUUAAACUUAACAAUGGCCUCUUUUCAGAUGUGAAAGACUUUGUGGAGAGAUGUCCUCACCUCGUAAAUCUGGAUUUAAGGUGAGGAAUUCCUAACGCUGGGCUGAAAUGUGGAUCCAGAUGAUUGUGAUGUGAUUUGACAUGGAUACUGUGCAACUACUGUGUUUUUCUAUCCCAUAAUCUCUUUAUGAUAACUGACUGUAUUUGUGUUACAGUGACAGUGUUCUGAUGACGACCUCAAGUUUCCCCAUCCUCCAGCAGCUGCAGUCUCUUAGACACUUAGCAUUGAGCCGUUGCUACCAGAUCCACCCUGCUGCCUUAGCGUACGUUACUUUUUAUAUAUAUAUAUUUGUAUAUAAAGAUGUGAUAACAGGAAUGCUUUAGCCUUGUUUCUCUUCUUAUAUGCCAAUUUUCCUCCUUAUCCAUUGUUCAGUACUGACUAAACCUGUUGUUUAUUUCAGUGACUUUGAGAAGUUUCCGGAGCUGCAGACGUUGGAGGUGUACGGGCUGGUCCAGGACACCUACCUGCCAAUCUUGAGUAAAAGUUUGCCCCGUCUCCAAAUAAACACCCGGCCGUUCUCAGGCGUGGCCCGUCCCACCGAGGCCAACCGGCGGGACCGCACCAUGUGGGGUAUGACCUGUCGCCUGGUGUUCAGGUCCUAGUCACAACGCCUUCCUAAUGCUGUCAUUAACAUGUCAUAACUUAUUUCUGUCUGAUGCAGUCAUUCUAUUGGAGGAAUAUAAGCUAUUUUUUUUGUGUCAGCCAUUGUGUGUAUGCAUAUUGCAUUGAGCCGUACACAAUUUGUGGUACACUGACACCAAUUGUUCUAACUGCUGACGAAGAUUUCUGUUUUGUUGUGCUUUUGUCAACACUUAUUUUGGUUUUAUAAUGGUAGGCAUUGGUUCUAAGUUACUCUAGUAAUAAGCUCAGUAAUAGGACAUGGCCUUCGGAUGCACAGUAGUGGGAAUUGGAUAUGCUGGUAAAUUGCAUUUCUCCACAGUAAUGCUGCUUGAAUAACAUGCAACUGAAUUCUUAAGAUUUUAAAAGGGUAGCUGUUUUAGACAUUUUAACCCUGAUAAUGUUGAAGACAUCUUGUAGUUGUAAG